AUGGCCGACGUCGACCCGCAAGUGCCGCAACCACCCCUUGAUAAUGGAGCAACUCCCCCCAUAGAUGCAGAGCCCAAGCUCCCAAAGCUGAGCGUGACAGAGUUCAGGAUGUACAACAGGAUGGCGGAGCAUAUGGAUAUGUUUCACGAAAACUUCAGGCGGACCUGGAACAUGCUCUACAACGCCUGCACCACCAACAAGCGCCCAAGCGGUAUGUCUCUCCGCCAGUUCCUCGGCGCCGGCAUCGACUUCUGCCACCACCUCGAAGUGCACCACUCGAUCGAGGAGCAGCACGUCUUCCCGAUCUUAGCGCGCAAGAUGCCCGCAUUCCGGAAGGAGCUGGAGCUGUUGACGCAGCACAAGCAGAUACACAAGGGCAUGGAUGAGAUGUCGGCGUAUUUGGAGGCGUGCAAGACGGGGGAGAAGGAGCUGAGGCUGGACGAGCUGAGGGAGAUCAUGGAUAAGUGGGGGGCGGUGCUGUGGCAGCAUCUUGAUGACGAGGUCAGGCAGCUGGGAGCGGAGAAUAUGAGGAAGUACUGGACGCUGGAGGAAAUGAGGAGGAUACCCAUAUAA